AAAAGAAAAGAAGCUCUAUUAUUAUUCAACACUACGUUCUUCUGCACUCUCAUUCCCAAAAAGCUUUCUUGAUUUCUUCGGCUGAUCUCCUCUGAUAAGCAUACCAGAAACAAUGGCUGCUGAGGUUGUGGGUGGAGCUUUUCUCUCUGCUUUUCUUCAAGUCAUUUUUGAUAGACUGGGUCCUACUUCUACCAUAUACAACUACUUCCGAUCAAGAAAGCUCGAGGAUCGAUUGCUGGAAAACCUCCAUAUCACCCUCAUCUCUGUGAAUAAAGUGCUUGAUGAUGCAGAAGCAAGGCAGUACACAAAUUCCCAUGUCAAGGAGUGGCUUCAGAAGCUCAAACAUGCUGUUUAUGUGGCUGAUGACCUCUUAGAUAAGAUUGCUACGAAGGCAACCAGGUUGAAGAUCGAAGCUGAGACUCAACCUGCUACCAGUAAGGUACGGUGCUUCUUUAAUUGUUUUGUUAAUCCAUUUGACAAACGCAUGGAAGCUAGAAUCCAGGAAGCGCUUGACGUCCUGGAGUUCCUUGUAAAACAAAAGGAUGCUCUGGGAUUGAAGGAAGGCUCUGGUGGUGGUAGCGAAGUUGGAGUUGGUGGGAAAGUAUCCUCUAGAUUGCCAACGACAUCUCUGCUUCCUGAUGAGUCCGGCAUUUAUGGCAGAGAUGGUGAUAAAGAAAAAAUAAUUCGUCUUUUACUUGAUGAAAAUCUGAGCAGGGACCCAGUAUCUGUGAUUUCUGUAGUGGGUAUGGGUGGCUUGGGGAAAACCACUCUUGCUCAACUGGUGUACAAUGAUCGGAGGAUGAAGGAUCAAUUUCAGCUCAAAGCUUGGGUGUGUGUUUCCGAAGAAUUUGAUGUUUUCGGAAUUACAAAAACAAUACUUUCUGCACUUCACUGUCCAAUAACAGGACAUGAAGAUCUAAAUCAGCUUCAAUUGAAAUUGCAAGAGAAAUUGACGGGGAAGAAAUUGUUGCUGGUUCUCGAUGAUGUCUGGAAUGACCAGAAAUCCGAUUUGGAAUCAUUACAAGUUCCUUUUCGUUCUGGGGCUUCUGGAAGUAAGAUCCUUGUUACAACACGUGAUAAAAAGGUAGCAUCAGCCAUGGUCUCUGUUGAAGUGCAUCGCAUAGCUUUACUAAAUGAAGAAGAUGGUUGGAAGUUAUUUGAGGAACAUGCGUUCAAAAACAACGAUGCUAGCUCUUGUUCAAGCCUACAGGCAAUUGGCAAAAAAAUUGUUGAAAAGUGCGACGGGUUGCCUCUAGCCAUAAAAUCAUUGGGUGGCCUCUUGCAAACAAAAUUUUCAGAGAAAUAUUGGAAUGAAAUUCUUGAGAGUGAGAUAUGGAAGUUACCAAAGAGUAAUAUAAUGCCAGCUCUACGGCUAAGCUAUCAUUAUCUUCCUUCUCAUUUGAAGAGGUGUUUUGCGUUCUGUUCUAUAUUUCCUAAAGACUUUGAAAUUGACAAGGUGUCUCUAAUCCAAAUGUGGAUGGCAGAGGAUUUGAUACAUUGCAACCAAGGAAAUAAAAGUGUGGGGGAAUUGGGGAAUGGAAUUUUGGAUGAACUAGAAUCAAGGUCAUUUGUUGAGAAAUCAGAAGAAAUAAUGACAAAUUAA